AAAGAUUUUUUUUUUUUUGGGAAUGUAGUGGGGAUAGAAUUAGUAACCGUAGAUUAUGAAAAGAUAAAGUAUUAGAAGAGACGCGGAGUGUAGUUAGGGUUUUACGAAGUUGACGCUAAUCUGCGCCACCGUUUCUUCUCCCAACUAACUCCAACUAUAUAUAUUCAUUCAUUGCUUAGAUUUCGUCUCUGAAAAUUUUCUAGGGUUUUCUCUUUGGCCUCUUUCCAAUUCCCAAAUGGCUGAAGAGAGGUACAGCGGCGUCGUUCAGUGGUUCAGCAACUCCAAGGGCUUCGGCUUCAUCAAGCCCGACCAAGGCGGUGACGACCUCUUCGUCCACCACUCCUCCAUCCAAUCAGAUGGCGCUUUCCGAACCCUAGUUGAUGGCGAUCGCGUCGAGUUCUCCAUUGCUGACAACAGCGACAAGCCCAAGGCUCUUGACGUCACUGGCCCCAACGGCGCCCCUCUGCGCUCCGCUCCCGACUCUGCUCGCGCCGGUAACGAUAACAGACGCAGCGCUGGUGCUGGAGGAGGAGGAGGCGGAGGAGCCUGUUACCAGUGUGGUGAUUUCGGUCAUCUUGCUAGGGAUUGCAGCCGUGCUGGCAAUGGCGGUGGUGGCGGCGGCGGCGGUGCAUGCUACAGUUGCGGCGGAUUCGGACACAUGGCUCGGGAUUGCGUCAGUGGAGGCGGCGGAGGAGGAGCAAACGGUGGGGGCUGCUUUAAGUGCGGCGAGUUCGGGCACAUGGCGAGGGAUUGCAGUGGAGGUGGCAGCGGCGGCAAUGGUGGUGGUUGCUUUAAAUGCGGUGAGUUUGGGCACAUGGCGAGGGACUGCAGUGGAGGUGGCGGCGGAGGUAACGGUGGUGGUUGCUAUAGGUGUGGUGAGGUUGGUCACUUGGCUAGGGAUUGCAACAGAGAAGGUGGUUCCGGUGCUGGUGGAAACGGUGGAAAGAGCACGUGCUUCAAUUGUGGGAAACCCGGGCAUUUUGCUAGGGAGUGCGUUGAGGCCUCUGGUUAAAGAAAAAUAAAAUCAGUGAAUUGGGGAAAAAGACAAGACAAGAAGGAAUAGUACAUACUCUUCUUUUUUGAGCCUUUUUUCACAGUGCUUGUUAAUUACCUUUUAGCCCAGUAUCAGUAACUUUUUCUUUUGGUUUAUCAAAUUCUAGAAUUACACAUAGGAUUUCUCCUGGUUCUUAAUGGUUUUCGCAUGCAAUUUUGCUUCUUUAACUGAUGGCUUGAUGCUUUAUAGGAUGGGAUGCAAAAAAUCCUGAUUUUUCUUA